CUGGCGGAGGUUCCCUCUCCAAUGAGGAAGCCUCUUGCACCACAUGCAAUUUCUCUGCGUGGCUGCUUCCUUUCCGUGCACGCAUCUCCUGCUAUCAGUCCGGUGAACUGAGAGGCAGCGAGUGAGCCUGAGACCUCAGUCGUGCCCUGGGACUUUAUGCUAACAUGACUCUGAGAUGGGCCUUUCUCCUGGUUCUUGCACCUCUGCUGGCUUCAUGGGAACAGAAAGAUCCUCAUCCUGAAGUCCUAGAAGAUGCACCUCUGCUGGCUUCAUGGGAACAGAAAGAUCCUCAUCCUGAAGUCCUAGAAGAAGCCAGCGAAACUGCGAGAUGCCAGCAGCCCCAGUGGGACCCAAGGCUCCACUUUGCCCCAGAGCAGAGAUUUUACAGGCUUAAUGAAGAGCUGACACUUAGCUGCCUUGCCGCGGAUGCUCCUCCCCUUGCUGUGAUCAGAUGUGCAAAAGAGAGAUCUCCAGAUCUGAGGGAUACCUGGGAAGUGAGAACCAUGUUGGGAGCCUGGCAUCACAUAGCAGAGAACCUGACUUGCGUGGCAGGAAAGUGCCCAAAACCCCAGGGGGACCAUCACCUCCGGUUUUCACCAAAGAAAAGCCAUUACGAACUGAAUGAGGAACUGACGCUCACCUGCCCUGGAGAUCUGGAGCCAUCCUUCACCCACGUCAGAUGUGCAAGGGAAUUUCUGCAACUGAGCUCUGGAAAGCCAGUAUAUGACAAUGCCUGGUGGGGGAGGAACAGCACAGGUGGCUGGAUUCGUACUGGGAGCAGCAUGGUGUGUAUCGUAAAAUGCCCAAAGCCCCAGUGGGACUCUCGGCUUCAGUUGACACCAGAGCAGCAAGCCUACAGGGUGAAUGAAGAAGUGAAACUGAGCUGCCCUGAGGGAUAUCAGCCAUCCCUCCCCCAGGCCACAUGCAAAAGGGUCCUUCAGAUUAUGAAGAAUGGGAGACAUCUGCCCAAAGGUGUUUGGAGAGAGAAAUCCAGUACAGGCAACUGGAUGUACAUUCAGAGGGACGUGGAGUGUAUUGAACUUCUCCAAGUUGUCCCUGGGUCCUGGGAGGUUUCCGCCACCAGCAUCAAACUGAACUGGACCUGCAGGUUCCCUGACGCCUGUCAGCACAUGCGGGCCACGUGCCAGCUUGUCGGGCCUGCCUUCCCUACCUGUGAGGCUGAGGAUGUCAGGGGAGAGAAGCUGCUACGGGGCCAGAAGGGAACGUUUACCUGCGCCCCUCUGCAGCCCUUCACAGUCUACAGCAUCACCAUCUCCUUGCCCCCCAGCACAGUCCUGUUCACAUGGCAAUUCCAGACAGAGGAAAUGGGUAUGUGUCCAUGGGCGAGUGCAUCAAGGUCAGCACAGCGCUGA